CCCAAAAGAACCAAGAAGGAUUCUUUAGUCAAGGCAGUCUUCUAUUUCAGGCAAGAACCAGAACUCCCCCGUAGAUCUCUUCUAACAAGACACCUAAGCAAAACCUCCGCCGUACUCCAACUGCUUUGUAGAAAUUCCAAGACAACAAGAAACCCCAGAGACCAGUACACAAACAUCAAAGAAACAAGACCAAGUGCAUUCAGCGACAAUUGAUGGGUUCCAACGAAGAGUUGCCGGAGGCAACAGUGCAGAAUAUACUCGAGCAGGACUCAUUGAAGUGGAUUUUCGUCGGUGGGAAAGGCGGCGUGGGUAAGACUACGUGCAGCUCUAUUCUGUCCAUCUUGCUCGCGCGGGUGCGACAGUCUGUGCUCAUCAUCUCCACCGACCCAGCACAUAAUCUAAGUGAUGCGUUCCAGCAGAAGUUCACCAAGAGCCCUACCCUUGUUAAUGGCUUCUCUAACUUGUACGCCAUGGAAGUUGAUCCUACCGUGGAACAUGAAGACAGCCUUGGGACAGAUAUUACUGAUGGAUUUAUAUCAGAUUUAGCAAAUUCUAUUCCAGGAAUUGAUGAGGCUAUGAGUUUUGCUGAAAUGCUCAAGCUAGUGCAAAGUAUGGAUUAUUCUGUCAUAGUAUUUGAUACAGCUCCAACUGGCCAUACGCUUCGGCUGUUACAGUUUCCUUCAACAUUAGAAAAAGGGCUUGCUAAAAUGAUGAGUUUGAAGAAUAAAUUUGGUGGCUUGUUGAGCCAGAUGACUCGUCUUCUUGGUGUUGGUGAUGAAUUUGGUGAAGAUGCCAUCUUGGGAAAGCUUGAGGGCAUGAAAGAUGUGAUUGAACAAGUGAACAAGCAGUUCAAGGAUCCGGAUUUGACAACCUUUGUCUGUGUCUGCAUUCCAGAAUUCCUUUCUCUUUACGAAACUGAACGACUUGUUCAGGAACUUACUAAGUUUGAGAUAGAUACACAUAAUAUCAUUAUCAACCAAGUAAUUUAUGAUGAAGAAGUUGUCGAAUCAAAGUUGCUCAAAGCUAGAAUGCGCAUGCAGCAAAAAUACCUGGAUCAGUUUUACAUGUUAUACGACGAUUUUAACAUUACUAAGUUGCCAUUGCUGCCCCAAGAGGUUUGUGGGGUUGAAGCAUUGAAAUCAUUUUCACGCCAUUUUUUAUCCCCGUAUCAAUCAUCCAUUCAACGAGGAACAGUAGAAGAGCUUGAGCAGAGAGUAUCAACACUUAGAGAGCAGCUUAAGGAUGCUGAGGCAGAACUCGAAAGACUCAGAAAGGGGAAACAAAAGGUUUGAUGCAAACACAGUAUCAUGGAGGCAGUCCUUCACAUAGCGUUGUCUGAUGGAGAGAGUGACGUAUGGCAAACUGCGUCUCCAUUCAACUUUAGAGGGUUAUCAGUAUGUAUUACAAAUUCAAACUGCUGUAUGGAUCUAAGGAUUAAUUCUUUCCUCCCCCCCUCAUUUUUAGAUGCAAUAAGGGAUUUGUUUUCUGAUUGUAAUCUGAUGGUCCCAUGAUGCAUCAUUUGUAAACUUGCAACAGUACAAUUCAGUUGGAUCAGCAUCUUUCGUUUCUUUCUUCA